AUGCUCACCAACUCUUUCUUGAUGCUAAUCACAAAAAUUGUCUUCCCAAGCAUUGGAAUCCUCGUUAAGAGCUCAUUUGGAUCGAACACUUUGAGCGUCUUUGAAUCAUUUCUUGAGCUUAAUCGAUAUUUCUUUUUCUACAUUAUCAUGGGGAUAAUCAACAUUUGGUGUUUCCGGAGAAUCGACGAUCGAAGGGACACACUGGAGAUGAUCACUGGCAAGAGUGCUGCGCUUAGCUUCGAGGCUCUCAAGAAGAGGCGACAAACGAUU